AUGCGACCGCAAGGAGCCAUCCAUGGGUACAUAUCAGUCUGUCGGGAAAAUAACGGCGGAUCGUCGCGACUCGAAAUCGCCAAUCAUCGCUUUGCGACUGCAAGCCGCGGCUUGGGAUUUGGUGCGCGACAGCGGAGAGGCAAGACAUUUUGCUGCGACAAUCCGCCGUUAUUUUUCCGACAGACUGAUACCUCCUUGGCUGUGGUUUCGAACUUGUAUGGGCCCCGGCAGACCCCGCCAAAUCUGGGCCCCGGCAGGCCCAGAUCUGGUGAUCGACCGGAUGCCUUGCGAAUACGUUGUAAUAAGCUUCAAUAUCGGGAUAAGCGAAAGGAUAUAAAAAAUGACGGAGAUUGUUACAAAGAACUGACGCCGGAAGCAAACAAGAUGUGGGAUGGGCUUCCGGGAAAUAGUGUAACAUUCCAUUACACCCAUGACGUUAGACCGCAAAAGAAGUGA